AUGCCCAAGAUCAACCGCUUGUGCCAAUCUGUUUGCUCUCUUUGCCCUGAUGGGCAUUCAAGUCCGGACUUAGUGCAGGUGCUGCCCUUUGGUACGUUCCGGUUCGGAGGCCGCGAGGGAUGCAUUGACCGUGGUCUUCUCAAAGCGAAACUGCCAGCCAGACAGAGCAUUUUGCUCUCUGAUGCUUCACAGUCCUCCGCUUUGGAGCAGAGUUUUCCUGACUUUCACCGCGUUUUCCUUACCGAAGCGGUGAGAAGCACAAAGCAGAUAGUGCUGGGCGCCGCAGCUUUCCAAAUCAGCGCUACGGGUGAGCGCAAUAGUUGCCUGGAUUCAGAUGGCCCUCCACUGAAGACCUACAUCUUUGAAUCAGACAGAGUGAAGUCAACUUUGCAGAAUUACUGCCAGCAUACAAUUUCAGCCUUUCUGGAUCUUAUUCGCGCCUAUCCAGGCUUGAGCUUUGAUGAUUCCCUGGCCGUAAUUGUUCCAGAUAGUUUUGUGCGGGACGGAUUCAGGCUCCUCCUGCAGGCAGCACUGGAAGAGGAAAUUCCAACCAGAAAGCUACGUUUGGUGAGUUUUGAGGAGUCCCUGAUGUUCUUGCUGCCAAAGGUCGCGGACGAGCUGGGUGAAGAAUGCAUUGUUCUGGACUCAAUUGAGAACGCUAAAGGACUCGAACAACUGUUUGUGAUGGCCGUUGGGAUGGAUGCCAAGAUCAAUUCGCCAGGCAUCGCCUUGGACUAA